AUGCCGGAACAGGAGCAACAGCGGCAACAACAACAUCGGCAGCCACGACUAACCAACAGCGUUCACCACCAUCAGCAGCACCACCACUCACAAUCGUCGCUGCAGCAGCACCACCACCAACAAAAUAAUGAUCAUCAACAGCAAUUCUGCUUAAGAUGGCAUAAUCAUCAGACCAGUCUACUCAGUACACUGCCCAUCCUGUUGGAUCAAAGCCACCUAACUGAUGUCACCAUAUCGGCCGAGGGACGAACGUUGCGUGCCCAUCGUGUUGUGCUCAGUGCGUGUAGUUCGUUUUUCUUGGAGAUAUUUCGGACGCUCGAUAAUACCCAUCAUCCGGUCAUUAUAAUACCGGGUGCCUCAUUUCAGGCCAUAGUUUCACUGCUCACCUUUAUGUAUUCGGGUGAGGUGAAUGUGUACGAAGAACAAAUACCAACACUACUGAGUUUGGCGGAAACCCUGGGCAUCAAGGGCUUGGCGGAUGUCCAUAAUAAUUUACAGAAAUCCUCACAGAAACCCCAUCAUACCGGAGCAGGAAGUGUGGGAGGUGUGGGAGAUUUAAAAGAUCCAGAGGAACGGGAAAAAUCCCUAACACCACCCACACCGCCACCACCAUCAUCACAGGCCGGAACGGCCACAAAUAAUUUCGCCAUGCCCCAGCCCAACCCUGCAAUUCCCCUACAACAUCCAGCCAGCAAUUUACCCCCCUCGUCACCCUUUAGCCCCCUCCUCAAUCCGGUACUUAACUCAAAAUUCCCCUCUCCUUUGGAGAAUUUCUUUCUCAAAUCGCUGCAAUUCUAUCCGAAUUUAAUGCAUCAGCCAUUGAAUUUUUCACAAACUGCCCUGAACAAGACUUCGGAGAUUUUGGCCAAAUAUCAGCAGCAAUGUAACCUCUAUCAGGCGAAUUUGGCCAUGCAGCCCAAAGACCUAUUACCGCUGAUGCCGCCUCCGAGUCCCAAUGAGGAGAUAAAUCGUGGAGAAGAUCUUCAUGGUACCAAACGGUUUUGUACGGGUCUGGAGAAGAAGUGUGCCGUGGCGGGAGGGCAAAUUUCGAGCUCCUCUUCCUCGGCAAUGACAGUGGCUCAACAGAAGGAUAUGAAACGUAUCGAUAAAAUUGUGGAGAAUUUGAGAGGUUCUAACAGUUCUACAAAAUUGUCUAACCACGAAAGUGGCAGCCCCGGUACCCCCACCUCCUCCCACUUGCAUAACCAAUUAAACCCCUUGAGCAUCAAGACAUCUAUGGAACAGUUCAACACAGCCGCCACCUCACCUUUGGUGACGGAGAGAAAAUCAAGUUCGCUCUUUGCAACCACCUCCUCCUCCUCACCCAUUAUAUCGGCGGCGGAACCCAGUCCAUCCAGCCUUACACACCCUCAAUUAGGGUUUCAAAUAUCCCCCGAGGAUCAGCUAAAAUUACAACAACAUUUGGACAAAUAUGCCGCAUCGUGUGCUGCAGCAGCAGCCGCCGCAGCUGCGGCAGCCUCUGCCAGCGGCACCAAUGAAAAUCUGAAACAGGAGACAAGAGGAGGUGGGGCCGGUGUUGGAGGACAAGGCGAAAAAUUAUCAACUCCCCAGAGUCCUCAGGGCAAGACACCGUCCAGUUCAAAGCUCUAUGCCACAUGUUUCAUAUGCCACAAACAGCUAUCGAAUCAAUACAACCUGCGGGUCCACUUGGAGACCCAUCAGAAUGUGAGGUAUGCCUGCAACGUUUGCUCCCAUGUUUCACGCAGCAAGGAUGCCCUGCGUAAACAUGUCUCAUAUCGCCAUCCCGGUGCCCCAUCACCUUGUGAAACUGAUGCUCGCCGUAAAAGGGCCAAUAAACUGCUCGCUUCAACACUGAAUGCCGCCGCAGCAGCCGCAGCUGCUGCCACCUCAUCAACAAACACAACAUCAACCUCCUCCCCAAAUUCCGAAGAUUUGAAAUUAAAUUUACCACUAACACCACCAGGAUUUCCCAGCACACCAAGUGGCGAACGCCUGAACCUAGAACAAAUACCAACAUCUCCAUCCCAGCAGCAACAACACCAACAGUUGGCCGCCCAGUUAAACUAUCAGCAAAUGUUUUUGCCCAAUCAAUUUCAUUUGGCGGCCGCCAAUGCUGUGGUACAACAACAUCUAAGAGAGAAGCAGAAAAGUCCAGCACGAUUGACACCAACCCCAACAACAACUCCUACCAAAGAAUUGGGAGUGAAUUUUCCCAAAGGGAAUUCGGUGCAAACCAUGAUGGCUGUUAAUUUUUCCAGCAAUUUUGUGAUUAAAAACAAGUAA